AUGUCGGAGCCUACGCCAGCUGUCCGCCGCAGGGCGAGACGUAAGAAGAAGUAUGUCUUGAGCUCGAGCUCAGAGGAAGAGGACAGUGAUGCAUCACGCUCUCAUCGUGGGCCUCCACCAUCGGGAUCAGGAUCAGAUGACGGGAGCGAGGACGAUGGAGACCGAGAUGGAAGUGUCUCUAGCUUCACCUCAGCAUCAAGUACUUCGUCCGCGCAUGCUUUAGUCGCUCCGAGAGGCAAGGACGACUCGCAGCCCACGAGUCCGUUAACAGAUGACGGUAGCCAAAUUCUAGAAUCUCCAAGCGAGAGUUCUGUACGCAAUACCUCGAGUGCAUUCGAAUCUGGUGUUGCCUGGUCCCCUACGAGUGGCACGUAUCAAGGUUCUUCUUCUGAGGGAACGCAUAGCGCCAGGUUUAGCACGGUCUCAUCUGAACAGUCAUCAUCUCUAGACGCAGAGCACAUACGAGAUCCUUUGCUUCAGGCGCUCGCAGUCGAGGUCAGGAUCAAGGUCAAGCUUACGCCGUGCUUGACGGCGCUGAAGUAUCACAAGAUCAGUCCCAGGCCCACCAAAAUGGAUGCCCAGAUUAUUAGGCAGGCAGCGGUUUCGGCACUCAAGCUCGCGAAGCAACAUGAGAGCCUGGUCCAGGCCGGAACAUUGGCAAGAUGCCAUUUCUACAAUGGCUUGACAGAUAUUGUGUACUCGAGGGAUGCUUUCAAGAAAACUAGCGCACGAGCGCGGAAACAAUUCAAGCUUGCAGUAUCCAUUGGGCGUGAGUGUCAAUCGAGUGUUGACGAGGAAGUUCUCGCAAAGCACUGGUUAGUGUGGAUUGCGGCAGGUGGUACACUUUCGCGAGAAAGUCAUAGUGACAAUAAUGACAGCGAUAAGAGCAUCGAUGCCAGAGCAGCUCAAGACCCAGGCGAGGGCGCGCGUUCUCAUGCGAAGGGUCUACUGGAGAGGUGGCUGUUUGCAUUCCCUAGUGGCAGGCCGACUACACCUGAGAGCUUCGAUAGCAGAUCAGACACCAGCUCCACCGACACCUCGACACAACAAAGUAGCCAGUCUGGUUCUCAGCGCUCUAGCACGCAGGAGUCGCUAGAGUUCGGCAUGCGUCCAGCACCUCUCGCAUUUGUACGCCGCGUUGGUCUGCGGACUGACAUCUUGAGUCACAAUUCCGAAAGUGUCAAAGAACCGAUCAGUCCAGGUGCUGUACAAGAGCCAUACAGUCCAAAUAUCCUGGACCAAGUGAGUCCCAAAGAUACACGCCCAAGAAUUUCUUCUCUGAAAAGCUCAUCGUGGUGGCCCCCUUCCCCCCUGAAAUCCAUCAACCCUCGAUUCCCUUUCGAAAGCUGGAUGGGGAAUGACAGCCGCGUGAUAAGCCCAACAAGCAGCAGUGAUUCGGCGGUAACAGAAGAGGAACUCUCCACGAGCAGUCGUGCUGAGCCUUUGAACUUCAUGCCUUUUGGCCUGUAUACGCCAGGCGUAACGACCGCAACUGAAAGCACGUCGGUCACUCCUCAUGCCUCGAGGCGGAAUUCUCGCGUGGAAUCAGACUCAGACAGUCCAGCUCCUCCAGCCCGCUCACUCUCAGAGCACCGACGCUACUUGAAUAGCAUUUAUCAGUCUUCCGAGGAGGAAGACGAUGCUGGGACGGGCACCGAGCACGAACGACGCCGGAGCAGGCUCUUCUCCGUGACCACAGCACUCCCGUGGUCACGGCAAUCGCCACGCUCACCUGAGGCGCUUCUUGAGGAGGGCGAUAGUCCUGUCCACCAGCCGCAGAGAAGAAGAAGGUCGAUCGGCGAAACAUGGUAA